CAAAAGGAAGAAAGGAAUAUUAUAAAAAAGAGCAAGUGAUCAAUGAUAAUAGUUUUAUGUAAGUUGAAUUAUGCUUAUUUUAGCCUCACAAUUUAGUCAUUUUUCUAGUUGAAUUUGGUCAAAAUUUUUAAAUGUGUAUGAAAGAUGAAAGGUAUUAUUGCAAUGUUUAGAAUUAUAGAAAUAUUAUUUUCUCUAUUUUGUCUACAAUUUGACAUAGGCGUAAUCUUCUUUCGAUAAGUACAACUCUUCCAACUAUGAUUCUAUUGGUAGACAUGUGGAAUCAUUUGAUGUCUUUAAAUUAUUGUGUUGACUCUCACUUUCUCACUCUCAUCGGGACACCAGAGAAGAUUUUCAUUGGUCAGCCCCUCCCGACUCCUUUAACCUGAACUCCUCUGAUACGACAGUUGUAACUGAUGAGGUGGAAGUUGGGCCUAUCGUUCGUGAUUCAAAUGGGAACCAUUUUCCCUUAUCAAGAUCUGUUGAACUUAUUUAGGCCAUUGCUAUGUUCGAAGGAAUAUCUCACACUAUUGAAGUUGACAUAUCUCCUUUUCGAAUCGAAACUGAUUUUGUUAUUCCAAAACGCUGGAUAUAGAAUGAGGUUUAAUCGUUCGUUGACUCAUUCGUGAGUUUCUCUUAAUUGUUCGGUCCUUGGCUUCUACUCUACCUUUUUAUUUGAAUUCCUUUUAAGUUCUUUUUGUUGCUUUUCUAUGUUGUACUAAAGAAAAUAUAGGAAUAUUAUUUAACAAAUGCUAGUGCAUUUUUAUAUUUUAUAAUAAUUCUUUUUUUUUUUAAUUUUUUUUAUUAAAAAAAAAACUGCUUUCGUUCACAAGGACAGCGAUACAUUCAUAGUGUUCCCUGUGUCCCCGCGCCUAAGGCCUCCCCUGUUCGCCAUGGCCACCAGAGGAAUCGGCGGUGAUAAGAGGACCACCAGAAGCUCCUCCAUAAACGCCGUUGCCGCAGCCACAGUCGCCACUACCAGAAGCAAGGCCAAGAAACUCGAUCGGGAGAGUCAUCUCUACCACCAACUGGUAACCCUCAUCCAAACCACCAUUUCUUCCGCUCACUCCUUUCUCUCUCUCAACGAUCUCCACCUUCUUCCCUCACAAACCCUCGCCCUUGAAUCCCUCCUCGGUUCAACUUCAUCCUCUCUUUACGCUCUCUCUCCUCGUCUCCCAAAACUUACCCUACCUCCGCCGCCGCCGCCGCCGCCGCCUCCACCGCGGCAAUGCUGGUUUCAACGCUUCCUCUCUGCGACAUCGGACGUCGAUUGCGAUCCCAGAUGGAAUCUCUCUUUCCGUAUGUCGAAAUCAUCCUUCUCCCUCCUCCUCCGUCUCCUUUCUCCGAUUCAGAGCUCCUCAUCCUCUUCAGUUCCUCCCGAUUGUGCUUUAGCCGCUGCGCUUUUCCGAUUGGCGCAUGGUGCGAGCUACAAGGCGGUUGGUAGGCGGUUUGGAAUUGAUUCCGCUGAUGCUUGCCGCUCGUUUUAUGCUGUUUGUAAAGCUAUCAAUGAGAAAUUGGGGCAUUUGCUUGAGCUACGGUCUGACAUUGAUCGGAUUGUUGUGGGAUUUGGGUGGAUUUCGCUUCCGAAUUGUUGUGGGGUUUUAGGUCUUAGAAGAUUUGGUGUUGAGAGUGAACUGCUAGGCAAAAAUGGAUCGCUUCUGGUUCAGGCAUUAGUUGAUGCUGAAGGGAGGUUUCUGGAUGUCUCUGCUGGUUGGCCGAGCUCCAUGAAACCUGAAACAAUCUUGCGGCAGAGCAAGCUAUAUGAAGAAAUUGAGAAAUCCAAUGAAUUACUCAAAGGCCCUGUUUAUAAUCUCGAUGAUGAUAAACCCAUUCCCCAAUAUUUGAUUGGUGAUUCUUGCUUCCCCCUCUUGCCAUGGCUUUUGACACCAUACAUGAAACUGAACGAGGAAGAUAGCUCUGGCUUUCCUGAGAGAGCAUUCAAUUCCACACAUAACCGUGCAAUGGCGUUGGUUAACACAGCAUUUGGCAGACUCCGAGCUCGGUGGAAGCUUCUGUCAAAACCAUGGAAGGAAGGAUGUAGAGAUUUUUUCCCCUUUAUUGUAUUGACUGGGUGUCUGCUGCACAAUUUCCUCAUUAAAUGCAGCGAGAAACUAGAUGAAGAGCAAGAUCAAGAAGAAGAAGCAAUUUGUUCAAGUGAGGACCAGAAGUUCCCUCUUUAUGAUGGUAAGAUAGGAGAUGAUAGAGGAAAGGAUAUCAGAGAUGCGCUUGCCUUGCACUUGAGUAGCCUGAGCUACAGAAGAUGAUCGCUUUGAACAUCUUGGUAAUUUUAAUCUUUUAUCAGCUGUAUAUAUUCUUUUCCUCUCUCUUGGAACUUUUUCUCAAAACUGCAGAUUGUACGUCCUAGUUCUCUAGAAGUAGAUCUAUUUUUUGUCAACCAUUAGUUUCCUAAUUAUUUGAUACUUCUUAUGAUUAGAGAAGGAAUGUUUACACUUAUCUAACAUGAAAGUGACCUUGAAAUCAUUCACUCUAUAUGUAAAAUUUUUUUUAAAAAAUCUACAGUUCAUGGUUUGGGUCCCCUCUAGAAUGCAAUAAUUUUGACAUGUAAUUAUUCUAUCAAGUGAAUGGGAAUCGCUUUUUGAAUCAAAUAAUCUCGGUAAAUUAAUUUUUGAACGUCAUUGUUGGAAUUGUUCUAGUUAAACUUGAUCUUGAAUUUCGGUUGAAGUGAAAUAACUAUGGAUGGUCUAGCUUAUAGGAAAAGGACAAAAGUAGUAAUGAGCUUUCAGAAUGGAAGCUAUGACUUGGUCCACUCCAAGCCCUAAUUUUGAUAUUUGCCUACAUAACCCAGUGCUUUUAAAAGUUCCAAAAAUGUUUUGGAAGUGCUUAAAAUAUUUUUUUGAUGAAAUGGUCCAUUAGUGUCUCUUUUUUAGAGUCCUUGUUAAAAAAAAGAGUAAGUGUCUACAAAAUGACAUUGAUUGAACUUCUUUUAUUUUGUAUAUGCUUAAAACCUGAGGCCAUGGAUAGAGAGCCAUGAUGAACAUAUUCUACAUCCGGAUCUUUAGACAUUAGGACAAGAAAGAUAUAACUAACGUGAUAAUUUCAGUGGUUGCUUUUGCCAGGUUAUGUAUGAAAUUCACAUAGUUUGCCCAACUAAAGAGCACCAAAACUGGAGAUUAUCUUGCCUUCUUAAAUCUCAACUCUAACAUCUCUUCUUUGCUUCUCUUAAUCUGAAUGGACUUCUUGAAGGACCUUUUCACAGGCAAGGGACUUGGAAUACUUUUGUAGAUUUGAAGUGGUUUUUGGGGGUAACAAAGGAAUUUAAAAAUGAGUCCCUUUCAAAAAAACUAUAUUUUUAGAUGCUCCAAAA